AGCUAGCAGAGGAUUUUACUACUCCUCUCCCGGCUCCCCCGCCCAGCACGUCCCCCUCCCCUCUUCCCCCCUCCCCCACCACGCGGUUCCCCGCACCCAUCCCCGCCCCUCUUUCCCACCCCCCCCCCCUUCACCCCAGGCUGGGGAAUCUCCAUUGACGUUCAUGUGACGCUGUUGUGCCGCCGCGGUGGGGGUUCCAGGCGCCGCACAGGUAAAGCCGGCGCAGCCGCCAUAUUGACAAAGCAGGGAGCUGGGAGGGUGCCCGUGGAAGCGGGGUGGGGGGGGGGGAGUCACCGCUGAGCGACUGUCGCGGCGGCGGCAGCGGCGGCAGUGGUGAGCACGAGCCGAGCGGCAGCUCUUAGAGAGGCAGCACAGAGUUGUCUUCUCUAUGGGGAGCAGCAGCCUGCGGUGGCGGCGACCCCUCGCUCCGAGUCUCUGAGGGACCCCCACGGCGAGGGCAGCUGUCGCUGAAGGCAAGGCUGGGGAUCCCGGCGGCGGCGGCGGCAGCGGCAGCGGCAGGCAAGCUCCAAAGACGGGAUGCGCGGCCGCGCGGGCGGUUGGCAGCUCCUGUUUGAGUGCUCCUGAAAGAGCGAUGUUACCGUUCGCUCCUCAAGACGAACCCUGGGACCAAGAAAUGGAGGUGUUCGGCCGCAGCGCAAGCAGCAGCGAGGUGAAUGGUCUUAAAAUGGUCGAUGAGCCAAUGGAAGAGGGAGAAGCAGAUUCUUGCCAAGAUGAAGGAGUUGUUAAAGAAAUCCCUAUUACUCAUCAUGUUAAAGAAGGAUAUGAGAAGGCAGAUCCUGCACAAUUUGAGUUGCUCAAAGUUCUUGGUCAGGGAUCCUUUGGAAAGGUUUUUCUUGUUAGAAAGAAGACUGGUCCUGAUGCUGGACAGCUCUAUGCAAUGAAGGUGUUAAAAAAAGCUUCUUUAAAAGUUCGAGACAGAGUUCGGACAAAGAUGGAGAGGGAUAUACUGGUGGAAGUAAAUCAUCCAUUUAUUGUCAAAUUGCACUAUGCCUUUCAGACUGAAGGGAAGCUGUAUUUAAUACUGGAUUUUCUCAGGGGAGGAGAUGUCUUCACAAGAUUAUCUAAAGAGGUUCUGUUUACAGAGGAAGAUGUGAAAUUCUACCUCGCAGAACUGGCCCUUGCUUUGGAUCAUCUGCACCGAUUAGGAAUUGUAUAUAGAGACCUGAAGCCAGAAAACAUUUUGCUUGAUGAAAUAGGACAUAUCAAGUUAACAGAUUUUGGACUCAGUAAGGAAUCAGUAGAUCAAGAGAAGAAGGCCUACUCAUUUUGUGGUACUGUGGAGUAUAUGGCUCCUGAAGUAGUAAAUAGAAGAGGUCAUUCCCAGAGUGCUGAUUGGUGGUCAUAUGGUGUACUUAUGUUUGAAAUGCUUACUGGUACUCUGCCAUUUCAAGGUAAAGACAGAAAUGAGACCAUGAAUAUGAUAUUAAAAGCAAAACUUGGAAUGCCUCAGUUUCUUAGUGCUGAAGCACAAAAUCUUCUAAGGAUGUUAUUCAAAAGGAAUCCAGCAAAUAGAUUGGGUUCAGAAGGAGUUGACGAAAUCAAAAGACAUCUUUUUUUUGCAAAUAUUGACUGGAAUAAAUUAUAUAAAAGAGAAGUCCAACCUCCUUUCAAACCUGCUUCUGGAAAACCAGAUGAUACUUUUUGUUUUGAUCCUGAAUUUACUGCAAAAACACCUAAAGAUUCUCCUGGUUUGCCACCUAGUGCUAAUGCUCAUCAACUCUUCAAAGGAUUCAGCUUUGUUGCAACUUCUAUUGCAGAAGAAUAUAAAAUCACUCCGAUCACAAGUGCAAAUGUAUUACCAAUUGUUCAGAUAAAUGGAAAUGCUGCACAGUUUGGUGAAGUGUACGAAUUGAAAGAGGAUAUUGGUGUUGGCUCCUAUUCUGUUUGCAAACGAUGCAUACAUGCUGCUACCAACAUGGAAUUUGCAGUGAAGAUCAUUGACAAAAGUAAGAGAGAUCCCUCAGAAGAAAUUGAAAUUUUGAUGCGCUAUGGACAACACCCCAACAUUAUCACUUUAAAGGAUGUUUAUGAUGAUGGUAGAUAUGUUUACCUUGUUACGGAUUUGAUGAAAGGAGGAGAGCUACUUGACCGUAUUCUCAAACAAAAAUGUUUUUCUGAACGGGAAGCUAGUGAUGUACUGUUUAUAAUAACUAAGACAGUUGACUAUCUUCAUUGUCAAGGCUGGAUAAUUUUCUUAGCAGGGUUUGCGCUGAAAACCCUGCUUUUUGAGCAGCAGGUGUGGUCUCUGUCUAUAUAUUUUGUCUUUAUGAACUACGUUGAACCUCCUCUGCACAUUUUUGAUUCACGGGUUGUUCAUCGUGAUCUUAAACCUAGUAAUAUUUUAUACGUGGAUGAAUCAGCCAGUGCAGACUCCAUUAGGAUCUGUGAUUUUGGGUUUGCAAAACAACUUCGAGGAGAAAAUGGACUCCUCUUAACUCCAUGCUACACUGCAAACUUUGUAGCACCUGAGGUUCUUAUGCAACAAGGCUAUGAUGCUGCUUGUGAUAUUUGGAGUCUGGGAGUCCUUUUUUAUACAAUGUUGGCUGGCUACACUCCAUUUGCUAAUGGGCCCAAUGAUACUCCUGAAGAGAUACUGCUGCGUAUCGGCAAUGGAAAGUUCUCUCUGAGUGGUGGAAACUGGGACAGUAUUUCAGAUGGAGCAAAGGAUUUGCUUUCCCAUAUGCUACAUAUGGACCCACAGCAGCGGUACACUACAGAACAAGUAUUAAAACACUCGUGGAUAACCCACAGAGAUCAGUUGCCAAAUGAUCAGCCAAAUAGAAAUGGUACAUCACAUGUUGUUAAGGGAGCAGUGGUUGCCACUUAUUCUGCCCUGACUCACAAGACCUUUCAACCAGUCCUAGAGCCUGUUGCUGCCUCAAGCUUAGCUCAGCGACGGAGCAUGAAAAAGCGAACAUCAACUGGCCUAGUGACAUGUUCUGGACGAGAUCAUAAUGACCAACUCUUGGUAAAAUUGUGAGAGUUUGUCUUCAAUGGCCUUCCUAGACUGUGCAUCUCACCUUGCAAGUUCUCCACCCCUUCAAACCCAGUGCCCUCAACUACUAGAACUGUCUUUCUAGGGACUCCAUCUGACUACCUAACUGCUCAAGCCAGACAUAGACCUUUAUCUCCUAGUCCUCCAACAAAACCAUCAGUUUGAUGUUAUAGUCUCAUUAAACAACUGA